CGGGAGAGAGGACCUACAGCAGGACGUGUGUCCAUGGGCCAUUAUUAUUAUGAGAUGACUGCAAAGAGCUUCCAGACGUCGGCGCAUCACUAAUCGACCUGCUCCAUCUUGAGCGCUCGCCGAUGCCGAACUCAACCCACGCUAAACCGCUUUCGGGUAUUUGUCUCGAUAUCUGUCACAAAUUGCUGAUGAGCCCAUCCUAUCCUGUUCCUAUCUCCUUGAUUAUUUCCAAACCACGCUUCUCUCUUCUCUCUUCUCUCUCGACUCUGCAUCCUUCUGCCUCCUUCUCCCGCCUUCCGCCGCUUCUCUUCUUGUUCACCGCCUAUUCCCUAAUCGGCCAAGUCGUCGUCCUUCUUCUUGGCCACCGCGUGCUCGGACCCGAAGCGACCCACUUCAUGUACCUGACUUUAGCGGCCAUUGCCUUCUUAUAGAUACCUCUUCGCCCACCUCUUCCAACUCUGAUCCCAUAUCCGGCACUUCACUUCCACCUCUAACCUCAAUUGCACCGUCUGCACCAUCCCUCCCGUCUCACAUCAACACUUGCACACCAUGUCCAACGCAUACGUUCCCAAGGUUCGCGUUCAGAAGCCCGCGCCGCACU